GCAUAUUCCCUUUCCGCUUACUUCUUCCACAGUUCCACCACGAAACAGCUUCAAAAGAAAGGAAAAAGGCAAAUCAGCCUUCGUUCCUUGAGCAAACAAACGCGACCUUUUCUCUCUCUCUCAAAACACUUUCCUUUUAAUUUGAUCAUCAUUCUCAACUACUAGGAAUUUCUCUUCUCUAAAAAUCCAAAUUUCUCAGCUUUUUGUUAGAUAGAGGGAGAAAUUAGAAACCCAAAGAACACCGAAGAAUCAAAAUCAGAAGUCAAUUUUUGUAGAGAGAGAAUCAAAAAUUGAAAAGGCAUGGGUCAGACUUUUCGCAAGCUCUUCGAUGCCUUCUUCGGCAACACAGAGAUGAGGGUAGUGAUGCUAGGCCUUGACGCAGCUGGCAAAACAACUAUAUUGUACAAGUUGCACAUUGGAGAAGUUUUAUCAACUGUCCCCACUAUUGGUUUCAAUGUUGAGAAAGUUCAAUAUAAGAAUGUGAUAUUCACAGUUUGGGACGUUGGUGGACAAGAGAAACUAAGGCCACUCUGGAGGCACUAUUUUAAUAAUACAGAUGGACUGAUCUAUGUUGUCGAUUCCUUGGACCGAGAGCGGAUUGGGAAAGCUAAACAAGAAUUUCAGGCUAUCAUCAAUGACCCAUUUAUGCGCAACAGUGUCAUCUUGGUGUUUGCCAACAAGCAGGACAUGAAAGGAGCAAUGACCCCAAUGGAGGUAUGUGACGGACUAGGCCUUUUUGAUCUAAAGAACAGAAAGUGGCACAUACAAGGGACUUGUGCGCUUAGAGGAGAUGGUCUCUAUGAAGGCUUGGACUGGUUAGCUGGAACUCUUAAGGAGAUGAAAGCUGCUGGAUAUUCAUCACUGGGUUCAUCAUCAUUCUAAUAAUUCAGGUACAUCAGAGGCAUGGAGGCUUGUAAGCCAUAUUUGACAACUGGGAAGUCAGGAGUUGUAAUCAAAGUUUUUUUCUUUUCUUUUGUCUAAAGCUGGUGAAAUUCACUAGGGUGCUUCCUUUUCGCCUUAUUAUAUGGUACUUAGACAAUUGACUUCCUCCAUCCAAUGUGUAUAACGUAAAGGCAGAUACUACUUGGAAUGAAAAUCGUUUAGUCUGGGAUCUUGAAGUGAUUUAGAUUGACCCAUAGACUCUUAUAUGAAGUGGAAAAUGAUUGUUAAAUCUCUCUUUCA